CCCCGUUGUGCGUUCAGCUGCCUGCGGCGGGGUUUGAUUUCCGUGCCCCAAACGCGUGAUUCGGCGCUGCUCGAGUGAUGACAAGUUACGAACACGGGUGCAAGACUUCAGCUCCCUAACUGCGUUAACCCCCCGAUGAGGCUGGGGUUUACUUGCUGUGGCACACUGUUUCCCAGUGGGAACUACCUGGGAUGCGGAUAAUGUUUCAGGUACUGAUUCACAGAACACCGACGUAUGUUAACAUAUACUGUCUUGUUACACAGCAUUGAAACAAAAUGCCGUCAUCGCAGGCAUCCUCAGCUUUACCUGUGCAUAACUCCGCUGCUCCUUUAUUGGACUCUGACUUGCAGUUAAACAUUAAAAACAGUGAAACUUUGAUGCAGAAGUUAAGUGAAAAUGAAACCCAAAAUACUAAUCUCAGAAGAAAAAUACUUGAAAGGGAGAAACAUGUUAAAGAACUUUCAUUCAGGCUUCAGCUUGAAAAACUCAAUGUACAGAAAGAAGACCAUCUGUCAAAAUCAAUAAAAGCAGUACAAGCUCACCUGCUAUGUCAGAUUCAAAGAAAAGAAGUGGAAAAUGAUGAAUUAAAAGUGAAAAUACAGACUCUAGAAAAGAAAAUAGCAGAGUGGAAACUUCGAAUUGGUGAAUACAAGCACCAGAUGUUAGCCUUAAAGGAAGCAAGUGAGCGAAAGAAGACUGCUCUGAAAAAAGCAAUCAGGUCCCAGAAACAAAGAGCUCGGCACUUUGAAGCAGCUGUGGAAAAUCUAACCUCCAGAAUAAGAGAACGUGAAGUCAAACUGUCUGAGAUACUGUUGGCAUCUGAUGCCUGGAAAAACCAGCAUGAUAGAACAGUUGAAGAAAAGAAAGCGUUAGAAAUUCAAAUAGAAGAACUUAACAAGCAGAUCACAAACCUUUUGGAAGAACUGAAAAGAAAGGAGGAAUGGAGAAGAAACUCAGAUAAGGAAAUUCUUGGAAAGCUGAAUUCUGUUAACACUGAAAACGAAAACAUUUACCUUGAAAAUGAAAAAUUAAAGGCUUCCCUUGCUACACUGGAAAAGAGUACUGUUGAAAGUGAGCUGCUAAAUCUGCAAGAAAAGGCAAAGCUGCAGGAAAACCUUGUUGAACUGUACAAAAAUCAGGUACAGAAAUUACAAACAGCAGUAGAAGAAUUGAAAUCCAGAUAUGCAACAGUCUUAAAUGAAAACAAAAGAAUAACAGAAAACAAAUGCUUAAAAGUAGAUAAGGUGAGGGACAAAACAGAGGCUGAGUUUAAGGUGUUAGAACACGUUUGUGACUUGCUGAAAGCAGCUGAGGAAAAGCAGCAAGGAUAUCAGGAAAAGCUUAUUAUGUCCUGGGAAAGGAUCCAUACAAAGAAAUGCAAAACCCUUAGGGAGCUGCAGGAAUUGUCAUUUUUACAGGAGGAAGAUGAUGUAACUUCCUUGUGCAGUCUUUCCUUAGAAGAAGAAAACCGUAACAUUCAGAAGAAAUAUGAAGAUCUUAAAUGGCAAUUAGAAGAGAUGGAAUUUCAAAAUGAAGAACUUGCUUGUCAGCUUAAAAAGGAAGAUGAGAGUCUUCAGAGCAGUAAAUUACAGCUUGAAGAGAAAAUUGCAGAAUAUAAUGGAUUAACCAGGCAACUGGAAUCUGCUUUGGAAGAAGGGAGGAAAAUGGUAGCUGAAGAACUGGAAAAAAUAUCAUACAAAGAACAAGCCCUUCAGACAAAAAUGCUGGUUCUUGAAACUGAAGUGAGAAAGGGGCAAGAAGAGAGAAAACAACUCCUCUGUGUAUUACACCACAACGAAAAGCACCAUGAAGUUCAUUUGAAAGAGCUGGAGAACAGCCUGCAGAAGUCGGAGAGCAAGAGCCAGAGCAUCCGGAACUAUGUGCAGUUUUUGAAAGCUUCAUACAUAACAAUGUUUGGUUGAAUUCUUUAGUUUUUAAUUUAGUUAAUAAUAGAGAAAUAAAUAAGAAUUUAGUUAGUAACAGAUAAACUUUUCAAGGUUUGUUUCUAAAUCUUGUUGGAGGCGAGAGAUUUUAUAGUAUUUUACAGAGUUGAGUACUAUUAUGUUAGUUCUUCCCAAGGAAUACUUCUGUCAUGGGCAGGGAAAAGCAGGUCAAUCAUUACUGUAUAUCCUGCUGGCUGGUCACAUAGGGAAAAUUUACCUGGUAUUACUGAUAUAAAGAAUUGUAUUAUUCGUGCAACAGAAGUGAAAAGGCAGUCUGCAUGACAGUAGUGACAGGUGUGUAAGUGUGGGGUAUGCACACAAAGUUGUAUAUUGGUCUGUGAAUUUAUCGUGUGUUAGGUGCUGUCCUGUAAAGUCUUAUGUGCAUCCUUUCAGUCUGCAGUAAAUGCAGAUGAUCACAGAUUACCUUUCAGUUCAUGUGGGGGGAGAGAACACACGUGGACUGGCUGCAUAGUAAUUUGUGUGUUCUAAUUAUUAAAAGUUAUAUGAUAUAUAAGUCAUUAUACUUCUGUAAAUGUAGAAAUUUAGUUGCCCAAGAUAAUGAUACCUAUCCUAUUAAUACAGGCAAAAAUUUAGAGCACGUUGGGUUUGCUUCCUCUUUUUCCCUGCAGCUUAGCACCAGUAUAGCACGCGCUACUGCGCUGCAUGAAGUAGUUGCCACAAGGCUGUCCCAUCCAGCCUUUUCUCCCUACGUCCCAUUAUGAUCAGGAGUAUACUGUAGUAAUAUUUUACAACCAUAAGUAGGAAGGUAUUUUAGAUACAGGUAAAGUUUAAGCUCUGAAUGUGUUGGUGUGCCCUUUCACAGUGACACAGCUCCAGCAAGGUGGGACAGUAUUCCCCUGUGUGUGAGUACAAAGGCUGCUGUCAUAAGACCGACUUAAGCCUCAGGUUAAACACAUGUAAAUAAUCAGCUGAUACAGGGCUAAUAAUUGUUUUUUAUAGAUAUAUGCUGUGAUAUGGUUUUGAAAAGUAGUGCAUUCAAUUAAAUAUAUGUAAAUUAGAAUGUGUAUUUAAAGAAUAUAUAUUUUGAUGGAAAACAUGUUAGUUCAUGUACAGACAAUACUUGUUUGUUAAACACAGUAUUUUGUUGUUAGUUAUUUAUAUUGUAUAGAAUGUUGACGUCUUUUUUUUUACAAAUGCUUAUCGAUCUUAACAAAUACUGAUAAGUGCUAAUGAUCUGCUUGUAUGCGCUUUUUAAAAA